AGGAGCCCUGGGUGACGGCCCAUAACUUUAAUUCUCACCCAGCUGAGCCCACUACCCCACAGAGUUCCACCAUGAGCAAGAGCUUCUCUUCGUCUGCCCAGACGGCCUCUUCAUACCGCCGCACCUUUGGCUCGGGGUUUGGGACUUUACCCACCAUGUCCCGCUCCACCAUCUCUGGCCGCGGGUCCUCGGGCUCCUCGCAUGUGGCCUCCCGUGUCUACGAGGUGACCAAGACCUCCACUCUUCCCAGCUACUCUGGCCUCCGUGGCUCAUCCUCCUCUUCUGCUGUGCGCUCCUAUGCCGGGUUGGGCGACUCACUCGACUUCAGCUUGGCGGAUGCCAUGAACCAGGACUUCCUGCACACUCGCACCAAUGAGAAGGCCGAACUGCAGCACCUCAAUGACCGUUUUGCCAGCUACAUCGAGAAGGUGCGCUUCCUGGAGCAGCAGAAUCAGGCGCUGGUGGUGGAGAUCGAGCGGCUGCGUGGACGUGAACCCACUCGCAUCUCCGAGAUGUACGAGGACGAGAUGCGGGAGCUGAGGCGACAGAUCGAGGCAUUGACCAAUCAGAGAUCCCGUGUGGAGGUGGAGAGGGACAACCUGGCCGACGACCUGCAGAAGCUCAAACUCAGGUUGCAGGAGGAAAUUCACCAGAAAGAGGAGGCAGAAAACAACCUGUCUGCCUUCAGAGCUGAUGUUGAUGCUGCCACACUGGCCAGGUUGGACCUGGAGAGGCGCAUUGAGACCCUACAGGAGGAGAUUGCUUUCCUCAAAAAGAUCCACGAGGAGGAGAUCCGUGAGCUGCAGGCCCAGAUGCAGGAGACUCAGGUCCAGGUCCAGAUGGACAUGUCCAAACCAGACCUGACAGCAGCUCUGCGGGAGAUCCGGGCCCAGUACGAGGGCAUCGCUGCCAAAAACAUCUCAGAGGCUGAGGAGUGGUACAAGUCCAAGGUGUCGGACCUGAACCAGGCGGUCAACAAGAACAACGAGGCUCUGCGGCAGGCCAGGCAGGAGACCAUGGAGUUCCGCCACCAGAUCCAGUCCUACACCUGCGAGAUCGACUCUCUCAAGGGAACUAACGAGUCCUUGAUGAGGCAGAUGAAGGAGAUGGAGGACCGCCUUGGGAUGGAGGCCAGCGGGUACCAGGACACCAUUGCCCGCCUGGAGGCCGAGAUCGCCAACAUGAAGGAUGAGAUGGCCAGGCACCUACGUGACUACCAGGACCUGCUCAAUGUCAAGAUGGCACUGGAUGUGGAGAUUGCCACCUACAGGAAGCUGCUGGAAGGAGAGGAGAGCAGGAUCACACUUCCUGUCCAGACCUACUCCACCCUGAGCAUCCGAGAGACCACUCCUGAGCAGCACUCGCGUGGAUCCGAGGUCCACUCCAAGAAGACUGUCUUGAUCAAGACCAUUGAAACUCGCGAUGGAGAGGUUGUCAGUGAAUCCACACAGCACCAGCAGGACAUCAUGUAAGACUCAGAUGUGCAAAACCAAGACAAAAAAGAAAUGCAGGAAAAUAAACAAUAAAAGGACACUGAUACGCCUAAGUGGCCUUGAAUUUUUUUUUAAUGGACGAACAUAGUGUUGGUAAUGCACACGAGGGAAAAGUUCACUGAUGGAUUCAGCACGUAAUGUAUCUGGGGAGGAGAAAUGAUGAGUGCCGAAGCACCGAAGAGCAACAAAGAUGAACGGUUUGAAAAAAAGUUGGUCUUAGAAAAGUCUGCCUUAAAAAAAUGCCCUCGAAUGUCACAGCUGGAACUCUGCAGGAAACAUGUGUUUGUCUCUCAGAAUUUGUAAGUCAAAUCUGCAAUAAACACAGAGUCAUUAGCAGAUG